ACUAUACGGGAAAUUAUCCCUUGUGCAGAUGAUGACCUCAAGGAAAAGUUUCACUGGAUCAACUGUUCCCUCAAGAAUGCCACUCAAUUCAACUACACGAUAGUAGGGAGCUAUUUUUCCUCGGGCCGCUACUGGAAAGCACCAGAAGGUGGAACACCGUUCUCUUGCUGUAAUGGCGAUGGUGCCAUCACAGGCACGACAGGGGGCACAGUGUUCAAUCUGUGGCUCGACUCUGAGCAAUCGUUCAACUUCGCAGGCUGGACGGACCCGCUCAUAGGCUCAAUGAAAGCUGGAGUCGUAGAAUCUGCUGAUGCUGAGGCCAGCUACAAUGCAGCCUCCAGAGAAGGAGGGCAUAUUUGGUCCAAGAACCUCUACAUGGAAAAGGAUGAGAAGGGCAACACUUCAAAGUUCUACAUUGAGGUCUCAGCUUUGCCAGGCAAGGACCCUAUGUUGUUUGUAGUGCAGCAGGUUCCCAUUAAGCUUGACGAAACAAUGGCUUAG